UUCGUUUAUUUUCAAAGCUUUCGAAACACCAAAAGAGCAUUCGGCUGAAAAGCACAAAAUUUCGUAAAAUUUAGCGAAUUGUGAACUUGCGAAGCACCUCUCCGCCCGACGCCCGAUUCGACCCCUUCGUUACCACUUUCUUUGACUUUCCAAGUUGAAAGUUUCCAGUUUCUAACACUCGGUUGUUAGUAGAGCACUGCCUUUAGUAGUUUAUAUCGAGUAAAAAGAGUUAGCAGCUGAGUUUUUAAAUUCUACUUACAGCUAAGUCCUGGAAACUGAACAGUAUAUUGAUGAAUUUGAUCGAGAAAAUCAUCUUGUAUAAUAUUAUCGAAGCUAGACAUUUACAGAAAACCCACCGCUGAGUAGAUAGUUUAUGUGCAGCACUGUUAAUGAAAACUGAUUCAAUGGUUGACAUGCUUUCGAAGAUGGAAAUCACCCUUCAAAACAUCUUCCGAUCUAAUUACUUUUGGUGGUUUGGACGUUUCCUGAUACCUUCGUUCGUUACAUUUUUUAUAUACAGAGUAUUUUUUUAUAGAAGUUCCAAAUUACUGCAUGGGAAAGUUGUUCUAAUAACUGGAGCGAGUUCUGGACUGGGUGAAGCUCUAGCUCAUAUUUUCCAUUCAGCUGGCUGUAAAGUCAUCUUAGCUUCCAGAAAUGAAGUCAGUUUACAAAGAGUUAAAAACGAAUUAGCUUUCAAAAGACCAGGCAAAGUAUCCACUUUUCCGGCAGUCGUAUUGCCAGUUGAUCUCACUAAUUUACAAUAUUUAGAGAGCUUUGCCAAGGAAGCUGUUGAUAUUUAUGGUCGUAUCGAUAUAUUGAUCAAUAACGCUGGUAUGAGUUACCGAGGAUUGAUUGUUUCCACAUCUACGGACGUUGACUACAAAGUAAUGCUGGUCAACUAUUUGGGACAAGUAGCUUUAACAAAAGCACUUUUGCCUUCGAUGAUGGAGCAAUCAAACGGCCACAUUGUGUUUGUUAGCAGUGUUCAAGGAAGAGUCGCUAUCCCCUACAGGUCAGCAUAUACGGUAUCGAAACACGCUUUGCAAGCAUUUAGCGAUACGUUGAGAGCUGAAGUUGCCGAAUACAAUAUAUCAGUUACCACCGCCAGUCCGGGUUACAUAAGGACCAAUUUAUCAAUAAACGCCAUUACUGGAAAUGGUAAACGUUACGGAGUUUUAGACGAUACGACCGCAUCUGGUUAUCCGGCUCCGUACGUUGCAGACAAAAUAUUCUGGGCGAUAGUUGGUCGUAAAAAAGAACUAGUUAUAGCUCCUCUAACUCAUCGUUUAGUUAUUUAUAUUCGAACGCUGUGCCCUUGGUUAUACUUUUUUAUAAUGCGACUAAGAGCAAGAUCUUUACGAAUAUUACCGGAUAAAAGAAAAUAGGGAACAAUGUUACAGUCGCAAAUGCCACAUUCGCGCGACAAUGUUACCUGCACGUAUUAUAUUCGAGAAUCGUACGUGUAAUGAAAAGAUCAAAUUUUUGUCAAUUAAUUUCUUACUCGUUUUUUAAUUGCGAUUUGUAAUUUUAUCCAAGACAAUUUUAAUCCGUCUAAGACUAUCCAUUCUCUAUAUAGUUUUUUAUGAUCCAGUUCGUCAAUUAUUUGUCAACCAUCGAUCGGUCGAAUAUUUCGUUAUCCUUAGUGUGCGACUUUCGAACAUUAGUAAAAUUUUCAUUCCAAUAUUAUACUGGAUAUAUUGUGUUAGUUACCGAGAAAUCGUGACGUGUUUUUUUUUUUUUACUCAAUUGUGUAAUAUUUUUGUAGAUUUUGUUUGUUUGUUCGGUUUUUUUUUUGUUGAUGUGAUAUGUAAUAGUUGCUUUUAUGUUUUUUUUUUUUCGUCUAAAUCACCCGAGAGUGUAAUAAGUCAUUUUUUUGUGUUAAUCUUAAUAGCAAUAUUUUAUAUAGCAAUUUAGAAUUGUAAGGUUUUUUCCUGUGUAAUUUUUCGUCUCUAUAGUGCACAAAUUUUUCUUUUUAAAUAUUAAGCCUUUUUGUUUUCCUCGUUGUUGAAAAGUCCAUGUUAGAAAGCACGAAAUUUUUACCAGCUUAAUUAAGAGCUCAAAGUGAAUACGCUUUCACGUAUUUAUUAUUAAAUCGAAACUUCCCCUAAUCUAAGGUAUAUUCGAAUAUGUUCCAAAAUACUCGACUGAUUAAAAAUUAGCAUUUUUAUUAUAAUUUUGAUCAGUUUCGAUAUACUUAUAGCCUAAGUUCAAUUUUGAUUUUGUGUACCGCCCGUUUUCGGUGUAUUGUGUAUUGUUAUUAAAAACAAAAAAAAAACGUCGAGAUUGUUAUACGUCAUUUAGUAAAUUUUUUGCAAAGUU